UUUUUGCUACUCAAAAAAAGAUUUGUAUUAAUAUUUAAUAUGGCCACCAGAAGAAAGUAUUUAAGGCUUGUUGUCGAGGACUAAAAGCCAGAAUUGAAUGUGAUUAGAGUUGCUAAUAAAGCUUAAUUGUCAACUCAAGUUAGAAAAGCUUUAUGGCUCCUUCAAGGCACUCGCAAGGAAGAACAACCCCCUAUCCUAGAUACAAUCUAUAUCACAGCCAUUGAAAAUGCCAUCUCUAAAGCAGUUAUUAUUGCAGAAGUUGUUAGAAGAAGAGUUGCUGGACUAUAUUAAAUAAACAAAAUCUAGUCAGUCUAGAUUAGUGAAGAAUAUGAACCUUUAGAAGAAGGAUUAGUGAAAGUCAGUGUCACUAAAAAUUUGGCUUCUCUCCAAAUCAAAUUAACCAAAGCACCAACCGAAUAAGACAGAAAAGAGCCUGGAUUCCUUGAACCAUUGCCUGCUGAUCAAAUUCAACCACCCAGAGAAAGAAAUGACAGAUAAAGAAGUGGAAGUUCAAAACCAAGAAAUGAUAGCUAGAGAAAUAAUAGAGACAGAAGAGAUAACAGAGACAACAGAGAUAACAGAGAUAGAAGAGAUAAUAGAGAUAAUAGAGACAGAAGAGAUAAUAGAGAUAACAGAGAUAAUAGAGAUAGAAGAGAUAAUAGAGACAACAGAGACAAUAGAGAUAACAGAGACAAUAGAGAUAGAAGAGACAAUAGAGAUAAUAGAGAUAAUAGAGAUAAUAGAGACAAUAGAGAUAGAAGAGACAAUAGAGAAAAUAGAGACAAUAGAGACAAUAGAGAAAAUAGAGACAAUAGAGACAAUAGAGAUAAUAGAGACAGAAGAGAUAAUAGAGAUAGCAGAGAUAACAGAGACAGAAGGGAUAACAGAGAUAAUAGAGAAAACAGAGACAAUUAAAGAGAAGAUAGAAGAAAUAAUAAUACAUAGAAUGAAGCUAAUAAUGAAAGACCAACAACCCAAAAAAGUAGAGGUGGUCCAAGACCUUAACAAUAAGCUUGAUUAUUAGCAAUAUAGAAUAAAAUAUAAAGAUUUAAAUA